AUGAGUUUCAGCACCACGAACAGCGACUGGUCCGACGGUCUAGCAAUUCAUAGCAAGGAUCAGAUCCAGGCCAUUUGCCAGGCUAUCAUAGAGUCUGGUAAACAGUAUGCCAAGAGGAAGAGUAUCUGGGUAAGUAGGCCUACAUGUCUAGCCUACUUGGUUGAUUGUUGUAUGUGCUGCUUGCGUGUGUGUUUGUGUGUGUGUGUGGUGUGUGUGUGUGUGUGUGCACCUGUGUUUCUCUCCCCAGGUGCGGCCCAUGGCCUGUCGUCGGUGCUGCAGAUGCUGCUGUGUUACCAGGAGGUGCUGAGUGGAGCGGACAGGGAUCUGGUCUGGCAGAGUGUGGACUUCCUCAUGAACCAGGAGCAGAACUGUAACUGUUCGGCCAAGCUGGGAGCCAUGACAGAGAGAGAGAAUGAGCUGGUGCACUGGUGCCAUGGAGCCCCAGGUGUAGCCUACCUCUUUGCCAAAGCCUACCUGAUCAAUAGGAAGCCCCAGUACCUGGACACAUGCAUCCGCAGUGGGGAGCUGGUGUGGCAGAAGGGCCUGCUGAAGAAAGGUCCAGGGAUCUGCCAUGGGGUGGCAGGCAGCGCCUACUUCUUCAUGUUACUGUACCGCCUCACAGGGAACUCCAAAUACAUCUACCGUGCUCAGAGGUUUGCAGAGUUCCUGUUCACGGAGUAGUUCAAGGCGGGCUCCUGCUCAGUCACCAGUGUUUACAGUCUGUUCAAGGGCCUGUCUGGAACCGUUUGCUUCCUGGUUGACCUCCUUCAGCCUGACCAGUCAGAGUUCCCACUCUUCAGUGUGUUUGUGUGAUUAAGGCUA